GCGCUCGCUGAAGACGCGCGGCCAUGGAGGGCAAGCCCUUGGUGACGUCCAGACAGAGGACGGAAGUGGUGUGCGGGGUCCCCACGCAGGUGGUCUGCACGGCCUUCAGCAGCCACAUCCUGGUGGUGGUCACCCAGUUCGGCAAGAUGGGCACCCUGGUCGCCCUGGAGCCCAGCGCCGUGGCCAGCGACGUCAGCAAGCCCGUGCUCACCACCCGAGUCCUCCUCGGGCAGGACGAGCCUCUCAUCCACGUCUUCGCGAAGAACCUGGUGACGUUUGUGUCUCAGGAAGCUGGCAACAGGGCGGUCCUGCUUGCCGUGGCCACGAAGGACAGGAGCAUGGAGGGGCUGAAGGCCUUGAAGGAGGUGAUUCAGGGGUGCCAGGUGUGGUGAGCCUGGAGCAGCAGCCCCGCUGCCGCCCAGCAGGGCCCAGCGGGGACUCGGACUCCCUCCAUGGGAGGACCCCCGUCAGCCGGCAGGAGGGGCUUUCUCUGGCUCCAGCCCUGGGAGCCAGAGGAGAGGCGCUCGACUCCCGCAGACUUCUGUUUGGCUUCUGACACUGUCCGUGGGCGGAGGCGAACGGUGGAGUGGGAGGAUCCUGAGUGGUUCUCACCAGGCUCCACGUGGUUAUGUUCAAGAAUUGAAACACUGUCAUUGGCCUUCAAUGUAUAUAUAGUUUCAGCUAUUGGAGAAAAGUAUUUUUAUAUUAAAAACAAGUGCAUAUCCCGGCUGGUGUGGCUCAGUGAUUGUCGUCCCGUGCAGCGACAAUGUGCUGGUUUAAGUCCCAGUCAGGGCCCCUGCCCAGAUUUCAGGAGGCAGCCAAUUAAUGUUUCUCUCUCUCCCCCCUCCCUUUCUCUCUAUCUAAAAAUAUCAAUAAAAACAUGUUCAUUUGUUUUUAAAAAGUGCAUAACCCAAACUACUCCACCAUCCUUAA